UCCCUGGCACCGCAUGCAUUCACUACAAUCAUGUUGAGGCAAGUCAUCCUGUGUGUGUCUGUAGCGUGCCUGUCCGUGGCCAGCCCUGUAGGCCAGGGGUCAACUCCAUCGCCGGAUAUGGGAAAGCCAAUAAAACCUUUAUCAGCCGAGGAUUUUGUGAAAGGUGUCACUUCGAUCAUGAGCAGAGCAGACGACCUCAUGGAAGACAUUGAGCUCCUGAAGGAGGCCGUGGCUGAGGAUGUAGAGGAGAAAGAUUGGAAAGAGGUCGCGCGAGGCAUUGGGAAGAUGAUGAAGAAGACGCAGGGCAUGUUCACCGAGACGCUGUUCGGAGUUGCGGAUGCUUUAAAGCGUUUGUUUGUGGGAGACCAUGGAUUCAAGCACGUGACGCGUUGCAACAGACUGACCGAGAGCGUUCAAGAUCCAGAGUUCGGCAAUGAGACGUUCCUCCCCAAGUUGGAGCGGGCGAUUGAGGACGAUCUGACAUGCACGAGUUUCCUAAUAGAAGAUGCGUUCAGCUGGGAUGUGGAGAAGAUUGCAAGUGGGCACUACAGCGAGGAGGACGCCGUACAGGAGCUCGCCAGGACGCUGGUGGACCUCUUCCGUCUUCGCAACGAUGGCAUGCGUCUUCACGACGCAAUCGUGACGGUUACCAAGACAUACGACCUGCACGACCACUACAUGAGUGCGUUGGAGAGCAAGGAGGAACUUGUGAGAGAACUGCUUCGGUCACUCACUGAAAACUAAGAGCACCUUCUUCGGCCGGACGAGAAAGAAUUGGUCGCCGAGAACCUAUGGACUCCUUAUACAUUUGUUGAAUAUAAACUAUCAUGUUUUAAUAAACAUU